GCUCUCCUGACCCGCCGCACCACGCCGCGGGAAGAUGGCGCAGGACGCCGGCGACAUGGAAGAUGGGCAGCUCUCCGACUCGGACUCCGACAUGACGGUCGCACCCAGCGACAGGCCGCUGCAGGUGCCGAAAACGCUAGGUGCGGACAGCAUAGCGAGGCCCUUCCAGGGUACGGCAGCGCCUUGUGCACCGGUAUCACAUUAUCGGACUGUUAAAAGUGUGGAUUCCAGUGAGGAGAGUUUUUCUGAUUCAGAUGAUGACAGCUCCCUUUGGAAACGUAAGCGACAGAAAUGUUUUAAUCCUCCUCCCAAGCCAGAGCCUUUUCAGUUUGGCCAGAGCAGCCAGAAAGCACCUGUUCCUGGAGGGAAGAAGGUUAACAACAUAUGGGGUGCUGUGCUACAAGAACAGAAUCAAGAUGCCGUGGCCACUGAACUUGGUAUCUUGGGAAUGGAGGGUACUAUAGACAAAAGCAGACAGUCCGAGACUUACAAUUAUUUGCUUGCUAAGAAACUUAAGAGGGAAUCUCAAGAACAUACGAAAGAAUUAGACAAAGAGCUAGAUGAAUAUAUGCACGGUGGGAAAAAAAUGGAAUCAAAGGAAGAGGAAAACGGGCAAGGUCAUCUCAAACGAAAACGACCUGUCAAAGACAGACUAGGGGACAGACUAGAAAUGAACUACAAAGGCCGCUAUGAGAUCACAGAGGAAGAUUCGCAAGAGAAAGUGGCUGAUGAAAUUUCUUUCAGGUUGCAGGAACCAAAGAAAGAUCUGAUAGCACGAGUAGUGAGGAUAAUUGGGAACAAAAAGGCAAUUGAACUUCUGAUGGAAACAGCUGAAGUUGAACAAAAUGGCGGCCUUUUUAUAAUGAAUGGUAGUCGAAGAAGAACACCAGGUGGAGUCUUCCUGAAUCUCCUGAAAAAUACUCCCAGCAUCAGUGAGGAGCAAAUUAAGGACAUUUUCUACAUUGAAAAUCAAAAGGAGUAUGAAAAUAAAAAGGCUGCUAGGAAGAGGAGAACCCAAGUGUUGGGAAAAAAGAUGAAACAAGCUAUUAAAAAUCUAAAUUUUCAAGAAGAUGAUGAUACAUCGCGAGAAACUUUCGCAAGUGACACAAAUGAGGCGCUGGCCUCUCUUGACGAGCCGCAGGAAAGCCACGGAGAGACCAAGUUGGAUGCAGAGGAAGCCAUCGAGGUUGAUCAUUCUCACGAUUUGGACAUCUUUUAGUACAUUUUGAGGAUUAAGCCUUUCUAGAAUAACCUUGUAAUAAGCCAUUUCUACUGAGAUUGCUUCGUUUUACUUUGCACUGAUAAACCUAAACAUCUGGACAGAAAGAACCGUUUUCUUGUUGGAAAUAAAGUUGAAUUUGUGGGAAGAUGAAUGUCAUUGAUAGAAACAUUUCUCAUGUCGGACAAAAUAUUUAAAAGUAUAUAGCAGAGGAUUUAAUUUCUCAGUCUGUUGCAUGUGUUAGUUAUUACUAGUUGAUAAUUCCUUUUGUCCGGGUCAUUGUAACAUGCUGUUCAAAAAGCUGUUUUCUUUUUCUGACUUUGCAGCGAAAUAACGAUUGGUUUCAAAACAUUCCAUAAAAAGAUCCUAAUAAGGCACAUAAAUUGUUAAACUGUUAGAAAUGCGUUCAAACUUAGUUUUUCUGUGUUCUGAGAAUUUGUAAGCAGUUUUAAGGACAGAGACUGAAAAUAGGUUUCUACUCAUCAGUAUAAACUUAUUUGUCAGGAAGUGAAUUAACAUUAGAAGCUUUUCAAAAAAGAAUUCAUUCUUAACUUUGUUUUUGGCCUCUUUUAAAUUAACGCCAUCUGACACUGAACACUGAACGUGAUCCUACCAUGUAAUACCGUGUACAUUGAAAAAACUCGCAGUGGUUGCCUGCCUGAGACUGCUUUACCUUAUGUUAAGGAAGUUGGGUAUUAAAAAUGUUAAGUCUACCUGAAGUGUCAAAUUACUCAUUUUUAUUGAAGGAAAUAAAGGUAGUGAAGGUGUUCCAAGGGUUGACUUCAGUUUACAAAAUAGGUUAAGCAAAAACAUGUAAGAAGCAAUUCUAAACUAUUCUUUACAGACAGUACUUGAAGUUGGUCUGUAGUUCCUGGAGUACAUACAUAGUCAUUGAAGUUGGCUCUAAGGAGACAAGUAGGAAAAGAAGAAAAUACUUAUUGGUUGCUUUGGUUUUUAUUCGCAAAGAACACAAAAAUAGUUAGAUCUUGGGCAGUC